AUGGAACGGAUGUGUAGACUCGAAAUCUACAACCUUCAUGAAGAUUUGAAGAUGAGCAACGCCAGCGGCGCCGCCGACUACACGGAGUUUCAAUCAAGACUGCGCGAGCUGGGCGGCGACCAGCUCGAUCUGGCGAGAAUCCGGCAAUGUGUGGCUGAUGUUACUUAUUGCCAAAUCGCGACGGUUACCCCGGGAUGGAGAAAGAAACUGCAACGCCAUGUCAUAGAGCCGUUGGAAAAGAUAAAACUCGCCGUCAUCGUCGUCGAUUUUCAGAAUGAUUUUGUGGAUGGAUCGCUGUCAUUGAAGGCAGGCGAUUCGGGCGAGAAUCCAGAUGACGCCGUGGGUCCUAUCAACACAUUACUCGCCGAACAGGAAAUCGAUCUCGUCGUCUACACGUUUGAUUGGCACCCGGAGAACCACAUUUCAUUCUUCGACCACCGGCACGAUGAGGAUCGACAACUGGCGGCAGAAGAAAGGGACAGAGAGCCGGCCCUUUUCGACUGUGUGUCCUUCGCGAAACCGUCGUGCAAGCAGGUGCUCUACCCGUCACAUUGUGUCCAGAAUAGCGAUGGUGCAAAGUUGGACAGCAGAAUUCGCGUCGUCGAGAAUGCGGAAAUGAUCUACAAGGGUACCGACGUGCUCACGGAUUCGUAUUCGGCUUUUUUUGACAAUGCCAAGCAGGGAAGAACACACUUGGAAGAAGCGCUGCGAGCAAAGGACAUCAACGCGCUGCUUGUUUGCGGGUUAGCCUAUGACAUUUGCGUGGCCGCGACACUAAAGGAUGCGGCAGAACUUGGAUUUCUCGCGGCAGCAGUCGCAGAUUGCUGUAAAGGCUUCUCACAAGACGGCAUCACGAAGGCCCACAACGACUUUGAGAAGUUGAGCAUCCCUCGGAUGUGCUUGGAAGAUGCUCAAAAAGUGGCUCGCCGUCAAGCAAUCCCCACAGAGUGGAUUUUGAAUUUGAUCGCCCAGGCCGGGACAGCUACCGAC